AUGCAACUGAGUCCGCUGGGAUCGCGACUUGCGGCCUCGCUCGCAGGGCUGCUUGUUGUUUUGAUCUUGUACAUCCUUCUCUUCGCACCCAGCGCAGCGUUUGCGCUGGAGCUUGCGGCGCCCUCUGUAUCCGACCUGACAACGCCAGUAGAGCUUCUACAGCUGGGUGCCGAGCCGCAAUAUGAUUAUGAGCCCGAGUUUGCUCUGUUUGACCGAGGGAUCCUGGGACGAGCGCCCGCGGUUGCGACGCCCCUGGUGAACAAUGUGCCGAUUCCGAUGAAUCUUCAGCCAGGCGCAUCUGCCUGUUAUAUGGUGGCCAAGAACAUCAUCCUCAGCGGCCAUCCAAGUACGGGGUCUUCGAAGAGAAAUGCAGAUUCUCACGGGCAUGACGACGAGGACCACGACGAGCACGAUGAACACGACGAUGAACACGACGACGACGACGACGACGACGACGACGAUGACGACGACGACAGCAAAUCACCAAGUGGUAACCAAGGCAGUGGUAGCCCCCAAAGAGUGCUCUACCUGUCGGCAAAUACCUGUCUUCAGCCGCAGAGCGCUUCGAGUAAGACAUCAGUACCUCCGCAGCUUCGCAUCUAUGUAUCUACUUCCAGUAAGGAUGGGUGUCCUGAUGUGACCAAACCUCCCGCUGGAGUUCAAUCCAAGGCUUUUGUGGAAGGCGCUAUCAUGUACGGCUUAAACGCAACGGACGACGUGUAUGUGACAAUUGCGGCUCCGGACGUCACAAAGGAUUUCCAGGGCAUAUACAAUUUUGAGAUUGCGGCAUCGGUUGAUGACUACUAUCAUCAGUAUAACGAUGCGGAUGGGCAGCUACUGUGGAUGGACAGUGACGCAACAUCAGCCCUCUUGCAGACGGCGCCAUUGACAGGCAAUGUAAAUCAGAUUCCAUCCAUCAUGAAGGCCGGCCCACAAUAUGAGAUGUACGUUCAGGGGGAGAAAGCGCCGAUUCUCAACGGGCUUAUGCGCUCAGCCUGCGGGCUGAAUAAUGCCGCCCAGAUCGCAUCCAAAAGACUGGACAAUGGACAGAUGAACAAUAACGAAUUGGUUCGAAGCAAAUUAUACGACAAGGGCCCGGGUGGCUGGCCAAGACAGCAGUUCUAUUUCGAAGGACUCAAUUCUAGUUCGUCUUACUCUGGUAUCUUGUUGAUACCAGGAAAUAAAACAGCCGGCUCGAAGAGACAAAGCUCGGGUGUGGUUGGGGGUGGUGGCACUGUCUUUCCGCCUACUUCCUUUGACACUUCAAGAGGCACAAACUGCAAUCUCAUCACUGAUUUAGACUUUUGUGACGACGUACAAUGGGCAGCCCCCGGCAAUACCAAGUUUAACAACACGGAGCUGGGCAAUCUCUACGAUAAUUAUGCGAAAACGAUGUAUGGCAAUUUCCAGAAUGCCUUGAUGCAAAUUCCAUGCGAAGCGCCGUCUACGCAGCGGUACUCGCUGGCAGCCAACUGUGACAACUGUACGGUUGCAUACAAACAGUGGCUUUGUGCUGUGGCUAUACCCCGUUGUGAGGAUUUCUCAACCGAGAACAACUACACAAUUCCUCGAAACGUGGCUCAAGCCUUUCCUAACGGCACCUUCCUCCCAGACGAGCAGAGGCAGCAGCUCAUGCAGAAACCAGCUUUCAAUUCGUCUCGGAACGCCUUUAUAGAUGAAGUGAUUGCGCCGGGCCCUUACAAAGAGAUUCUGCCUUGUGCCGAUCUUUGUUAUGGGGUCGUCCAGGGCUGCCCGGCGGCCAUGGGCUUUGGAUGUCCCCUGGCGCAUCAUGGAAUUGGAUUCAACCUGAGCUACGGUUUACGCGACCCUGACGGCAAAGCAGUGACUUGCAAUUAUCCAGGAGAGCCUAGAACCAUUGUUAAUGCAGCAAAGGCAAUUGCGCCUAGUAUGAUGCUCCUGAUGAGUUUUGUUGUGCUCGGUUCAGGCUUGUUACUAUGA